AUGACCGGUCCAGCCCUGUGUCCAGCGCUGGAAUGUUUAGACGCUGGAUUCGCAGGUAUACCGCCUGCUGUGCUGUCCACACGUCUUUCGUCCCUUGCGGAAUCAUCACGCCAGAGGCCUGACCUCGGAUUGAAGAAACUCGGAAGCGACUCGGCGGUUACGGUGAAGAACCAGUGCACUGGUCCGUGUCUAUUACUAUCGCUGCCUGUGGAGAUCCGGCUCCAAAUAUAUGACUGGAUAUACAGAACAAGUCCGGUGCGCAAGAACUUGGCCUUGACGGGAUAUCCUCUCCCGGUGCGACAGCCUCGAUUCACAACCUCGAUUGAAUACGGGGACAAGGUUCCGCGGCAUGGUCGCAAAAUGUGCGGCUCCCAUCUGCUCCGCCAGGACCGUCUCUACAACUGCGUGCCGAGUAAUGUCCUCGUGCUGAGUCGUCAGAUAUACACGGAGGCCAGGGAGAUUCCGUUUCACAGCAAUGAAUUUGUUUUUGAGAACUGGUUCUCGUCUGGCCUAAUUGCAGCCUCGUUCUUGCUAAGGGAUGUGUUUGAGCCCUGGCAAGCGAAAGCAAUGCGCUUCGCAAGAAUCGAAGCAAGGGGCACAGACUUCCGUGACGAGCGCGGCUUCGAGAGAUGGAGAAGACUGAGUGCGAAUUGGGUAAGCUGUGUUCGUGGUCUGCGAGUGCUGAUUCACGUCUCGACAGAUGCCGGGUCGGAGGAGAGCGGCUUGACAGGAAUUCUUGACGGGGUCGGUGAGCGAUGGGUAGUGGACGGGUGCCUGGCUCAACUGCAAGUUUUGGAGAAGCUAGAAGUUGAGCUCGUCACGCCGUCGUGGUUCUCCGAUGAUGAUAAGCUGGCUUGGUGUAGAGCACUCGAGGCAAUUUUGAGGGCGCAUGGCUCGAGGGCCGUGGUAAGCGGUGUCAAAUGCGACGUGGACUCUCAUAUCCAACCCGCGCUGUCACCCACGUCCAGAUAA